AUGCAAACAGCUACAUCCGUCUAUACGGUUACGUCGAAAGCAAAAACAACACUGUUUGGAGAGGAUUACGGCCCGAUAAAGGACUCUCCGCCAAUGUCAGGCACAGAAUGUCCGCAUUGCGGCAGCGACUCGAUUUCGCAAGAUGCGACAGCCGCGCAGCAACGGAUACAGGAGCUGGAAGCUCAGCUUAGAAUAUACAGCGAAAAGGCGUCGGAAACUGCGGUGAGAUUAGCAGACUACGAGAACGAAAUACACAACCUGCGACAACAAGCACAAGCGUGGAAUAAUAACAACCCCGAAUCAACCGCAACUGCAGCCACACCAACGGAACAGCCACAGCCUCCCAAAACACCCGAUGCGAACGCCCAGCAACAACAACAACAACAUCAGCAACAAGGCCGCUUCGCGAAUUUCGCAUCUUAUUUCCCCUACCGCCGCACCGGAUCAAGAGCAGGCUCAAAAGACUCUAGUACACCACCGCAAACAUCACACUCGAAUUACACCAACGGCAGUCCCGGCGGAGGGCAUACCAGCCCCAUCAACAACACCAGCUUCCACUCCCACGACGCCUCGUCCUUCUCCGAUAGCAAUGCCCUCGCACUCCAAUCAGCUUUGAAUCGUGAGCAGGGACUCCGAAAAGCAGCCGAAUCGCAACUGUCGCAGGCCCACUCGGAACUCGAGGAACUCACUGCCCAGCUGUUUAGCCAGGCCAACGAAAUGGUAGCGCAGGAACGCAAGGCGCGCGCAAAAUUAGAAGAAAGAGUGGCGUUGCUCGAGAAACGGGAUGGGGAGAAGAGGAAGAGACUUGAUCGGUUGGAGAAGGCGAUUGCGAGGGUGGAGAGGGUUAGGGGGUUGAUUAAUUCUUGA